AUGAUGCGCUGCUUUGAGAGAAUCAAUGACGCUGCCAAGCCCAUUGAGGAAUCCCGCGUCGGGGGCUACCAUCCAGUGCACUUUGGGGACAUUCUCAACGAGCGCUAUCAGAUCAUUGGGAAAUGGGGCUACGGCACGUUUUCAAUACAAUGGAUAGCAAGAGACCUAUGGUAG